AUGUGUUUACAUGUAUUUAGUUUUGAUGAAGUGCAUUUUGGCAAAUUUGCCAGUUACUACUUAAAAAGAUCCUAUUUCUUUGAUGUUCAUCCACCACUUGCAAAACUUAUGCUAGCAGCAAUGGGAUGGCUACUUAAUUUUGAUGGACACUUUGAAUUUGAUAAUAUUGGAGAUGAUUAUAUAACAAACAAUGUACCAUAUAUAGGAUUAAGAGGUUUACCUGCAACAUUAGGUGCCCUCUUUGUUCCGUUGACAUAUGUCAUCUUGAUUGAAUCAGGUUAUCCAGUAGUGACAGCAACUUUUGCAGCUGGAUUAUAUUCUAAUGAAUGGUGGCUUUGGAUGAUCACAACUGGAUUUUUUUUGGGUUUAACAUUAAGUGUUAAAAUGGUUGGAUUUUUUACAGUUCUUACAAUUGGCACUGCAGUUUUAAUUGAUUUAUGGGAUUUAUUAGAUAUACAUCGUGGAUUAACUAUGGCACAAUUUAAAAAACAUUUUUUUGCACGUGCAGCUGGCCUUAUAAUUGUACCAAUUUCUGUUUAUUUAUUUUGGUUCUAUGUUCAUUUUGCUAUCUUGAAUACAAGUGGUACUGGUGAUAAUUUUAUGAGCCCUGCUUUUCAGGAAACCUUGCAUGGAAAUUUAAUGUCUACUCAAAGUACUUCAGUAUUUUUGCAUUCCCAUACAGAACGUUAUCCAUUACGUUAUGAUGAUGGUCGUGUUAGCAGCAAAGGUCAACAGGUGACAGGUUAUCCACAUAAUGACACAAAUAAUCAUUGGCGAAUUAAAACACCAGGAUCUUUAUUUGAUUCAUCAAGACCAGAAAAUGACACAAUCAAACAUGGUGAUUUUAUUAUUUUAGAACAUGUUGGCACUCAAUCUUAUCUUUUAACUCAUGAUGUUGCUAGUCCAUUAAUGCCUACGAAUCAGGAAUUCACCACUAUUGAGCCCAACGACACAGCUCGUUUUAAUGAUACACUUUUCCAAGUUUUUACUAAAGAUGGUGAUAAAGAAUCUGUUAUAAAAACCAAGUCAAGUUUUUUUCGCUUAAUUCAUUUUAAUACUAAAGUUGCACUUUGGACACAUGAAUCUAAAUUGCCUGAAUGGGCAUUUGGACAACAAGAGGUUAAUGGUAAUAAGAAAAAUACAGAAAAUUCUAAUUAUUGGUUUGAACCUAAAAAACCAACUAGACAAUUAUCUUUCCUUCGUAAAUUUUUUGAACUUCAAAAUCUCAUGAUAAGUCAUAAUGCUGGAUUAACAAAACCUCAUCCUUAUUCCAGUGGCCCAAUCAAUUGGCCAUUUUUAAUACGUGGUAUUUCAUUUUGGACAAAUAGUGACACUAAGGAACAAAUAUAUUUAAUUGGAAAUCUAGUUGGAUGGUGGAUUGCAAUUGGUUUAAUGUCUGUUCUUAUUGGUGUUUUAGCAGCUGAUAUGCUUUCAAGAAGACGUGGUACAGAUCCUAUUCCAAAACCUUUGCUGUGUAGUUAUUUAACAUCGGGAGUAGUGUUUAAUUUUAUGUUUGUUGAAUCUAUAAAUUAUCCAAUUUCCAUUCCAAUUCCAUCAAGAUCAAAACACACAUAUCUAUUAAGUGCUAAAGUUGACGUCAUUACAAUAGCAAUAGCAGCUUUGGCUUUGAUUUUGGAUGCAAGUAUUUUUUUUUAUUUGGCUCCAAUUACAUAUGGUACACCGGGUUUAGAGGGUUCACUGUCAUCAAUAUCUUCGUCUUUAUGUUUGUCAACACAUUCUUGA